CCAGUGCUUUUUCUCUUAUUUUCCGUCUGUUUCCAUGUUCAUCCUAAUUAAUUAAUCUAUUUAGUGAUCCAAUACGUAGCUUGCGUCCUUUGGGUCUUCAUGCUUUGUAUCUACUUCUUCUCUUUUUGUCUUUGUUACUGAUAGCUAGUGUGGGCUACUCUUAAAACAGACAUGGAAUUGUGUUCUGUACAGACACGAAAGAAUGUUCACAACUAUCUUUUCAAGGGAGAGAAGUUUUUAAACUUGGGAAACCCAGGUUUCUUGUUGUUCUAUUCACUCUUUUUAACCAUGAUUUUCACCUUCUACAUGCUUCAUUUUUCCAUCAGCCCCAUUGUCAAUUUCACAACAAACAGCAAAGAAGAUGACGCAGCUCGUCCUCGUAAUUCCUUAUACAUGAUUCAACCUCAACUACUAAUUGAUAAUAAUACAUCAGAUUGUGACUUGUUCAAUGGCAGCUGGGUUCGAAAUCAACAGAAGAGUUCUUUGUAUUAUACAAACUUCAGCUGUCCAACAAUCCCUCAUUCGAAAAAUUGUUUAUUGAACGGAAGGCAAGAUGAAGAAUUCAUGCAUUGGAAAUGGAAACCAGACAAGUGUACGAUCCCUAUUUUCAAUCCAAAAACAUUUUUAGCAUUUGUUAAAGGAAAGACGAUGGCAUUCAUAGGCGAUUCCCUCGCCCGGAACCAUAUGGAGUCCCUUCUCUGCCUUUUAUCUUCGGAAGAAACUCCAAUGGACAUUUACAAAGAUGCAGAAGACAAAUUCAGAACAUGGAUAUUUCCUCGUUACAACUUCACUCUUAUGGUCCUCCGCACAGAAUUCCUCGUCUUUGCCACUGAGAGAGUAAUCAAUGGUUCAUUCACCGGCGGCUUUGACUUGCAUUUGGACAAAUUAAAUGGAAAUUGGACCCAACAUUUACCCAACAUAGAUUAUGUUAUUUUCUCAGAUGGGCAUUGGUUUCUUCGGCCCAAUUACCUUUAUGAAAAUGACAACCUUAUUGGAUGUAUUUAUUGUGGGGAAGCAGGAGUUCAACAUCUUGGCCCAGGAUAUGCUAUUAGAAGAGCAUUUCAAGCUGCUUUCAAGUACAUAAAUGAGUGUGAGGAAUGCUCAGGUAUUGUUGUACUUUUGAGGACAUUUUCGGCGGGUCAAUUCGAGAAUGGAGCAUGGAAUGAAGGAGGUUUUUGCAAUAGAACAAGACCAUUUGCAAGAGAAGAAGUUAAAAUUGGUGAUCAAGAUUGGGAGUUUAGGAAUAUUCAAACUGAAGAAGUUGAAAGAGCAAGAAAAGAUGGAAAGAAAAUUGGGAACAAUUUCGAGAUUAUGGAUGUGACUAGAGCCAUGUUAAUGAGAGCAGAUGGACAUCCAGGAGCCUAUUGGGGCAAUAAAUGGAUGAAAGGGUUUAGUGACUGCAUCCAUUGGUGUUUGCCAGGACCCAUUGAUACAUGGAAUGAAUUUUUAUUAGAGAUUAUAAGGAGGAAAUUUUCAACUUAAUUAGAUUCCUCAUUGAGCUGGAUAAGGAGAAAGUUUUAUUUUAUCAUUUUAUAAUAUUGUUGUUCUUUAGGUUGGGAUAGGAAAGGAUAUGUUAGAUCCUUCUUACAUCAUUUUUUUUGCUGUUAAUAAACUAGGCUUAUGAUAGAUAUGAAUAAUGACUAAUUUACCGGGCCAAUGGGGCUAAGUGAGUUACAAGUGUAAAUGUUGUCAAAUGGACGUAUAUAGACGCGUAAUUAUUUGGUUCGA